AUGGAUGUUCCCACAUUUGAAAUCGUAACCAAAGAGUAUGGUUUUGCCAUAGAUGAUGAACUGACUUUCGAUGUCGUUUCAAAGGGGGGAGACCUUCCAUGUCUUCGUCUGCUUGGUCUGAGUCGUCGCCAGGAACCUGUGCCGUCACCCUCAUCUUUUAUUGAACAACAUAGAAAACCGGGUAUAAAGUCACCGUCAGAGAUCCCUAGAACGACUGGAACUAGGGCAAAAAGUGAAUGGACAACAUAUGAAGCACACAUCAGCAAGUAUGCAGAGGUGACUACGGGUAUCAGCCAACAGAAACUGUAUGGGACCAUAGCUACGAUCAACGUGUGGGAACCUGUUGUUGAAAACCGUACCGAGUUUAGUCUUUCCCAAGUUUGGAUAACUUCGGGAGACUACGAGACAGAAAAUCUCAACACUAUUGAAGUCGGCUGGCAGGUGUGCGAGGAGUUAUACAACGACAACAAGCCAAGAUUGUUCAUCUAUUGGACGAGUGACGUAUACAUUACAACCGGAGGGUACAACCUUCGCAAACCUGGCUUUAUUCAAACCAGCAGCGAGAUUGUCCUAGGAGGUGCUAUUUCUCCAGUAUCUAGCGUCGGUGGUCGCCAGUUUGAGAUGACUAUUCUGGUUUGGAAGGAUCCCCGAAGUGGAAACUGGUGGCUGCGUGUAGGCACCGACUUGGUAGGAUACUGGCCUAGGGAACUUUUCACCACUUUAGGCGAUCAUGCACGGAAAAUCGAUUGGGGUGGAGAAAUCAUUGACUCAGAGAGCUUCGGACGACACACGAAGACGCAGAUGGACUCAGGGCGUUUCCCCCAAGAAGGGUUUGGAAACGCGAGCUAUUUCAGGAACAUACAAGUGGUUGAUCACACUUGCAGUUUCCAGACGACCCCUGAGUUGUUUACACAGGCAGAUACUCCUUAUUACGACGUCAAGAAAUUGCAUAGAGAUGAGUUGGGAACUCAUUUCUUUUAUGGCGGACCAGGAUUUGGCCAUAUGCAUUCAGGGGUCGCUUUUGUGUAA